AUUGGAUUAGAAAGAAUCGGAAAUACGCGCGCAGACACAAUAUGGAAAGCUCUUUCCUUCACCUCCUCCACCACCACCACCCCCCUCCUCUCAUAUUUUCUUCUCCUCCUCCUUUCUCUGUCUCCUGUCUUAGCAAACCCAAAUCCAAAUCCAAACCCAAAAGAAACAAUCUUUCCUUUUCUGUUUAUUCUAAUUACAAGCUCACCAGAACUUGCAAAGCCCUGCCUGAAAGCGGACCAAGAAGACAACCAUUUUCAAAUGAACAGAAACAAGACCAACAAGAAGAUCAAGAACUCGCUACCAGCACAGCUACUGAAAAUUCAAAUUCUGGUAUAAUAAUAUCCUCCUGCGUUGUUGGGGUCCUCACUGGAAUCGCUGUAGUUCUCUUCAAUAAUGCUGUUCAUGAAAUUCGCGACCUUUUCUGGGAUGGAAUUCCCUACAGAGGUGCCUCCUGGUUGAGGGAGGAGCCUCUUGAUUCCAUCUGGGUUCGGGUCAUCUUCGUCCCCGCUUGCGGUGGUUUGAUUGUCAGCUUACUGAACGCCAUUCAAUUUCUUCUUUUUGAUGAUAAUCCUUUUCAGGAUGCCUUCCGGCCCUUCUUUAAGGCGGUGGCUGCUUGUUUCACUCUCGGCACUGGAAAUUCCCUUGGCCCUGAAGGUCCCAGUGUUGAGAUUGGCUCUUCUAUUGCCAAAGGAAUCGGUUCUCUCACUCUCUCUUCUCGAGAUGUCCGAACCAAGCUCUCGCUUUUGGCUGCUGGCUCUGCUGCUGGAAUCGCUUCUGGAUUCAAUGCUGCGGUUGCCGGUUGUUUCUUCGCCGUGGAGUCUGUGUUGUGGCCAUCGUCGUCAAAUUCGUCUGCACCUCUUUCAAACACCACUUCCAUGGUUAUACUUAGUGCUGUAAUAGCUUCUGUUGUGUCAGAAGUAGGUCUUGGUUCUGAACCUGCCUUUAAGGUCCCCGGCUAUGAUUUCCGCUCCGCCGGUGAACUCCCGUUGUAUAUGUUGCUCGGUAUCCUUUGCGGCUUGGUUUCAUUGGCCUUAACCAGAUGCACAUCAUUUUUGUUGUUGAUUGUGGACAAUCUUCACAGGGAUGUUGGCAUACCAAGGGCUGUAUUUCCUGUACUGGGUGGCUUAGCAGUUGGGACAAUGGCAUUGGCAUAUCCAGAGAUCCUAUACUGGGGUUUUGAAAAUGUUGACAUUUUACUGGAAUCUCGGCCAUUUGUGAAAGGCCUCUCGGCUGAUCUACUGCUUCAGCUUGUAGGAGUCAAGAUAGUUGCAACCUCUUUGUGCCGGGCUUCUGGAUUAGUAGGAGGCUACUAUGCUCCAUCACUCUUUAUUGGUGCAGCAACAGGAAUGGCAUAUGGGAAAUUGAUUAGUUUUGCAGUUGCUCAGUCUAGUCCAGUACUCCAACUUUCCAUCUUGGAAGUGGCAUCACCACAAGCUUAUGGACUGGUGGGAAUGGCUGCAACACUUGCGGGAGUGUGUCAGGUUCCGCUUACUGCAGUUUUGCUGCUUUUUGAAUUGACGCAAGACUAUCGUAUAGUUCUUCCACUACUAGGAGCUGUAGGGCUGUCUUCAUGGAUUACAUCUGGACAGACUAGAAGAGGAGAUGUCAAAGAAACCAGAAAAGUCAAAAAAGAAAAUGCCCUACCAACAACUCAAUCUGAAAUAUCUGUCACACAAGGGCCAUCUUCCGGUUAUGUACUUGCUGAGAAGACUCCUUAUUCAAGUGAUCUUUGUGAAGUUGAAAGUUCUCUUUGUCUAGAUGAUUCUAGUACUGAAAAUGAAGUGUUAAAGAAGAAAAUUUUUGUUUCUGAAGCCAUGAGAACACAAUAUGUAACUGUUUUCAUGAGCACUUUGGUUACUGAAGCAGUGAGUUGCAUGCUUGCAGAGAAACAGUCUUGUGCACUUAUUGUUGAUGAUGACAACGUUUUAGUUGGUUUGCUGAAUCUUGGGGAUGUUGAAGAUUUCAUCAAAACAGCAAAAGCAAAAUCAGAGAGAACCAAGGAGCUUUCAGUAUCUGACGUAUGUGCCCUAGAUGGUGAAAAUUGUCAAGUACCAUGCACUGCAAAGCCUAGUAUGGACCUUUUCUCUGUACAAAUCAUCAUGGAUAGGUAUGGUCUGAGUCAGGUGCCAGUCAUUUCAGAGAAUGUAGAAGACUACAGAGGAUACCCAGUUGGUCUUCUGGACAGAGAAUGUAUCAGUAUAACUUGCAGAGCUAUAGCUACAAGAGAAUCCAUCUCAUAAUACUCCCCGCUAUAAAAGCACAGCAACUGGAUGAAGAUUGAAGAGUGCAUCUGUGGGAAUAUGUUUAGUGUUAAGCACAGAUUCAGAGAUCCCAAAUAGGUCAGUAUUCCAAACUGCUCCUGAAUCCAUAGGCAGGAAAGAGAGAAUUCUAGCUCAAAGUGAAGAUUAGCUGCAACCACAUCGUGCUUUAAGCAGCAACUGGGCUAACACAUAAGCCAAAAGGACUGUUCUUUUGCGAAGAGGCUAACCCAGGAGGACAUUAAUCAGCUAUUAAAGGGGAUAUGGAGAGAUGAUUACUUGUGCAGGGAAAUGAGCUGGACAGUUUUGAAGUCAUAAUUACAUGCAAAUAUAAUAAGGAAAUCUCGAAAUAAGUCGUCCAUGGCGGCCAGUGUUUGAUUCUUAUUGCUGAAAGAUGAUAGGUGUGGAAACUGUGUUCAUGUUGAGAUAGUUCACAUUCACAUUAUUUUUCCAAAUAUGUUGGUUUUUUCUUGCAUGCCUGACCAGUUCCUAUUUUCCUCUUGAUUCUUGGCAUGAAUCGUGAGAAUCCUGGUCGAUGUUAGUUUCAACCAACAUUACGAUUUUUAGUUGGGUACUGGUUGGUUACUGUUACAGAGAUUUUGCUGUAAAUUCAAUUUGGAAUUUCAUUUGGCCGUCGUAGAUCA